AUGGCGGGAGACCACGAGGAGGAGGAGUACCCGAUCGGGUUCCGGUUCAAGCCCAAGGACGAGGAACUCGUCGAGUACUAUCUCGUCCCCAGGCUGAGGCGCCAGCCGACCGUGCCCAACGACUGCAUCACCGAGUGCGACGUCUACUUGUGCCACCCAGACAUGCUCACCAAAGAGCACAAGGGCGUGGACCAGGAGGAGUGGUACUUCCUGUCGCCGAGGUCUCGCAUGUACGGGAACGGCGUGAGGCCGGCGCGCAAGACGCGGGACGGCCGCGGGCGCUGGAAGGCGUCCACGGCCUCCAAGGAGGUGGAACAGAAGGUGGUCUGCAACGGCAUCACCUUCUGCAGGAGCGUGCUCAACUACUUCGAGGGCGUCCCCAAGAAGGAGGUGAGGACCAAGUGGAUCAUGCUCGAGCUCAAGGUCCCGUGCUUCGAGAUCAAGCUCGACAAGGCCGGCCCAAAGAACAUGUUGGACGAGUACGUCGUGUGCAAGAUCUACGUGUCCCCACAGCACAAAAAGAAGGCUGACGCCGACGAGGAAGGCACCAGCUCCGCGUGUGAGGGCAACGACGGCGACGAAGAAGCGUGCUCCCCCACGCAGCACGGCCAAGGCACGGCGGGCUCCAUCUUUUCAGAGAAACAAGCCGGCAAGCGGCCCAUGCUCGAGAAGGUCCGUCCAGGGACCCUAGGCAGUAGUGCAUCCACACAAGCGAUGAGCUGCUCCACCAGCAAUGCCCCCAGGACGGAAGCGUACUACGGUGUACCAGGUCAGCCAACGGGUGCACACAGUAGGCAGGCACCACAGAUGGCGCAGCGGCAGACGGCGGGCGCGUUCAACGGCCAGAGACUUGUGCAGCAGCAGCCAACACAACAAACACCGGUACUAUACCAGCCCUUCACGGAUGCGAGAGAUCACCGCUUCGGCCAGACGACGGCAACGAUGACGACGCGGUCUCCAUCCCUGGAGAACCUAGGCGUCCCGGGGAACCCACCGCGGCGACACCCAGCGACGGCGUUCAGGCCGCAGGUGUCCCUGCAGUGCUACUACGACCAGAACUACCGAGGCGUGAAGCCGCCGGGCAACGCGUCCUCGUCGCAGCCGCAGAUGCUGGCGGCGUCGUCGUUCCUGCCGCGGCAGCAGCCGUUCUUCAACGGCGACGCCAACCGUCGCGGGGCAGCCGCCGCCCCUGGGGGCACGCCUUAUGGCAGUUACCCUUACCAGAGCAGGGCGUUGACCUUGGAGGCGGCUGGUCACGAUGGAGCAGCAAGCGGGGGGAAUGGCGCGCCGCGCUGCUUGAACGUAAACGACGAGCAAUUUUUUGUGGAUCUGGCCAUGAUCACGAGUAACCCGUCCCUGAGCGGAGCGCGUACGCAGACGGCACCGGCGCCGGCCCGCCUGGUGGAAUCACAACCGCCGCCGGCGGGCAGUGCUGUGAAAGUUGAAACCGAGACGGGAGAAACGUCUGGUUUGAACAAGAAAGAUGCUGUGUAG